CGGGCCACCGAAACUUUCAGCGAGACUUUGGAGUUGUUCAAGUCACCACACACACCGUACCGAAAUGCCUCGACGCAGACCCCCGUGUGUAUCUCCGUGCGUGUUACGACAGACAGACGCUGCUCUUCUGAAGAGCUCGCACCCUGCCGUGACCUCUCACGGAUCACCGCCGGUACAGACGUUGGUGGAGGGCUGUUGGACGGAGGUCCGGACCGCAGACACAGACCGGGCGCACUGUGAACCGUGCGCUCUCGUGGAGCUCAGGCUACCGGGACUGCGCUACGUCGACCAGGACCAGGGCGCAGUGGCACGAGCCAAGCGACGGCGGCGGCUGGCGGCGAACGCGCGCGAGAGACGGAGGAUGCUCGGACUAAACGUGGCGUUCGACCGGCUGCGCAGCGUCAUCCCGAACACGGAGAGCGAGCGGAAGCUGUCCAAGUCCGAAACGCUGCAGAUGGCGCAGAUAUACAUCGCCACGCUCAGCGAGCUCCUUCAGGACGAGGGCUGCCAGCCGGACUUCAGUUACACGCGCAUCGCCAUGACUACGGAGCAGGUGGAUUCCGCAGCGGAGGACACGGAUCUGUCCGAACUGGACACGCGCAGUGACGAGCCUGGGCACGCGGCUAGCCCGGGAGAGUCUGAUGAUGAACACAAGCUCGAGCUGAAAGAGCUGAUGAACUUCUGGGAGAGAUCGAGCGGAACAAAAUGAUCACUACGUCAGUGUGAAGAAAGCGCUUUUUUUUAUUUGAAUUGUCAUGAAACUAUUAUUUUUCUACUGUUGACUUAGUUUAUCAUU